GCGGGCCGGGGCGGGGCGUGGGCAUGGCGCGGGCGGGCGAGCAGUGCGGAGCCAGGCCGGGACCCGAGCUGUGGGGGCGGCUGUUGCCGCCCAAGGACGAGCCGGGGCUGGGGCCAGACGGGGACGAGGAGGAGGAGGAGGAGGAGGAGGAAGGCUACGAGGACGCCGCGCUGGACGAGCCGUUCCUGGCGGGCCCCGCCGAGCUGAGCUGCGAGGGCGCCGGGCAGGCGCGGCGAGCUGUUAUAAUACAGGAGGAAACAUCCCAGAAGAAAUAUGCCGUGGUUGGACGUUUUCCGUUUGUUGGCCCUUGGUGGAAAGUUAACAUUAAAGUUAAACAGGUGGGAUCAAAGAAUGUUGCACAAGGAUAUCCAUCAUAUUUUCUACAGGCUGAUAUUGGAGAGAACCAAAAAGAAGUGUUUUCUCUCUUCUUGAAAGAGUGUAAAGUUCCUGAUGAUUUUAUACUAGCAUUUUUUAAUUGGCUUCCUGCGAAUGCAUCUUUGGACUUCAGAAAUCUUGAAGAAAUACUAGAUGAGUUUCAAAAGUCAAAACUUAAGGAAGGAAAAAAUCCCAGAGAGACCAAAGAAUUUGAUAUCUUUGUUUAUGUUAUGAAAUCGUUUACAGGAAAGAUGGUAUUGAUUGCUUUGAUGUUCCCAAUGAUACUGGAAUUCCUGCCGAGACUUCUGCCACGUUAUUUUUGCAAACUCUUGGAGAGAGUGGAUUUGUGUAGAAAGACUGAAAUGAAUGGAGAGGAGAGAGAAAAUGCUUCUUAUGGAAUGGAAAGGCUAAUAGCAUUGAAUAAGACAUUAAAGAAUGAACCAUGGAAACUUGGAUUCAGCACAAUAACUUCACGAGAACUAGACCUUUCCCAUUGUGAGGCAACUUGGGGAGCUUUCUGCCAGUGUGACCACCUCCUUUGGAAGAUUCCUGAACUGCAGAAGAAUGCAUUAAUAAUAUACAAUGCACUGAAGCAAAGAUGUAGAGAUAUGGGACAUACCUGUGAAGAUCAAGAUGAAUUAACCAAUUUGGUUUCUAAAGAUAUGCCCAUAGAACAUGCCUGGCAAUCCCUUAAAUUUUUGAAAGACGAGAUGAUAGUGGUCAGUGAGAAAAAACUUGUAUUUCUUGCUCCACUUUACAGAGCUGAAAUAGACAUUGCAGGUUCUGUAAAAUAUCUGCUAGACACCACAUGGCAGCUACAUAGUGAUGUGCGAGAGGUACUCAAUGUUAGUAAUAUUAACAAAUCAAAAGCAAGAGAUGAUGAUGGUAAAGUAUCCAAUGACCAGCUUUGUGAAGCAGAGAAACUGAAGGCAAGCCAUAUUCCAGAUAGUCAUGAAAACUCUGACAAUAAUUCGAUUUCUGGUGAACAGACACCAGAUAUAGAACCCAUAAAUGAAGCAGAAUUGGAUUUGGACCAAGUGAAUGCUGUGAAGAUGAUUUGUUCUAAUCCUGUGACAAUCAUAAGUGGAAAAGGGGGUUGUGGGAAGACUACAGUAGUUAGCUCUCUCUUUCAGUAUUUACAGAAGAUGGAAAAAGAAAUAGAAGAUGCUUGUAAAAGUUUUGAAAAUGACCAAGAUGUAUCAGAUGAGUGGAAUACCUUUAGUCAGUGUUCUGACAAAAAUAAUGUCCAUGAACGCAAGCUUUUAAAUGUAUUACUUACUGCACCCACAGGAAGGGCAGCAAGCCUGCUGAAUGAGAAGACUCAUCUUCCUGCUUAUACACUCCAUCAGAUCAUCCAUAGCUUUUACGCAUGGAACUCAAAAGAUACAUGCUACCCAUGGAAGUUUUCUUCAGUGACAGUUCUGGUUGUAGAUGAAGGGAGCUUGGUGUCCGUACAACUUCUUAGUGCAGUUUUAAAACUUCUGUGUGCACAUGCUCAACUUGCCAAGCUUAUUAUUCUAGGUGAUGUUAGGCAGUUACCAAGCAUUGAUCCAGGUAACGUGCUGGCUGACAUGUUUGAGGCUCUGAAGUUAAGAGGUGGGUCAGUGGAACUGAGAACUAAUCAUAGAGCUGAAUCUCAGCUAAUUGUGGACAAUGCCACAAGAAUCUCACAGCGGAAAUUCCCAGUAUUUGAUGCAAGAAUCACAAUCACUGGUUGGAAUGAGAAUGUGACGAUGCCAAGCCCUGAGAAGAAAUUUAUUUUUGUUGUUUUGCCUUCCGAAGGAGAUUCUGAUUGCUUGCAAUAUGCCAUAAAGACUUUACUUGAAAAAGGACCAGGAUUGCAAGAUCCCAAACAAUCACAGUUCAUUGCUUUCAGAAGGCGAGAUUGUGAUCUAAUAAAUGAACUCUGUUGUCGACAUUAUUCAGAUCAUGUAACCAGAAACCAUAAAAAGAAACUGGUUUUUCAAUGUAAUGACAAAAUUUGUUGCACAAGGAAUACCUAUCUUACAAACCUUCAUCCAAGAAAUACCAAAACCUGCACAAGAAAUAGUGAUUCGGAGAAUCCUAAGCAAUGUGACUGCAUGGCAUGCUCAAUAACGAAAGUCUCUCGCAAUGAGCAAAGACCACGUUUUAAUCUCGGAGAUGGUGAUAAGGAUGGCAAACGACUAUGCAAUGGAGAUGUUUUUUUCAUAACAGAUGAUGUGGAAAUUAAUGGAUGCCGUCUGUUGACUAUCAGCAGCACAUAUGGCUCUGAAUUUACUUUAUUGUAUAAAGCACUGAGAAGAGCAUGUCAUAUAAAACAUGCAUGGGCCAGAACUAUUCACACAUUUCAGGGUUCUGAGGAGAAAACAAUUGUCUACGUAGUUGGGAAUGCAGGCCGACAGCACUGGCAGCACGUAUACACCGCUGUAACUCGAGGACGCUGCCGCGUCUAUAUUGUAGCUAAAGAGACUCAACUUAGGAAAGCAGUUACUAACAGGAAUUUCCCCAGAAAAACUCGCUUAAAACAGCGUUUAAAAGAGGCAUUUGCAGAAGCGAGCAGCUGUCCAGAGCAAACAGACUUUCUUCUACAGAGUCAAUGUCGGAGUCAAGAAUAUGACACCCUACCUGGUGUGGUGUCAGUAACUCAGGAUGUUCUUGGCAUUUCUGUACCAGCUGAAGUUGACGUCACCAAACAGGAGAAGUGUACAGUUCUUGAUGAAAUGGAGACUAGUAAUGGACAGAGGAUAUCUGCUGCACUGGGCAGCAUAGGAAGAGAGACUGAGACACCUGUGAAAUUAAACGGAUAUAAAAGGGAAAGGAGUUCUACAUGGAAUUCUGAGAGCCCUUUGAAAAUGACUUUGAUGACUACUGAAGACUCUCCACUUGGGACUGCCAAACUGAAGAAUCUGAAUUUGGGAAACUUCACUCCAAAAGCACUUUUUAAAAAUUAACAAGCAAAGAUAUUCAUUACUGUGCUACUUAACUAUUUUGUACAAUGAAAAAUAUGGUUUUGGAACAGAAACAUUUUAAGUAUUCAUCUCAAAGCUUUUUAAAUAUUUUUCCAAGUUGUUGAAACACAGUUUAUUUUAAAAUUGACAUUUUUUGGUCAACUCUAUUUUAGCAGAAGUUAGAGAGAGAUGUUAGUUUUCAAGAAAAUGUUGAUUAUGUUGCCUUUUUAUUUGGGAAGAACAGAUAAGUUGCAUGGACAUCUUCAGAUACAAAAGUUCCCUUCUUUACAAAAUGGUACAUUGUUGGUCCAGCCAGAACCUUAAAUGUUACAUAAAAUAUUGGUGCAACCCAGAGGUAUCUUCUAGUUUAUCUCUCGUAGUAUUAGGGCUUGAGUAGAGGCGUCAUUGCACAUUCAUACUGGCAUCCUGCCCUUUUAAAAACCAAAGAUUUAUACACCAUGUGGAUUUUAAUUUUCUAUGUAAAUUGAUGGAAGUUUCAGUAUGAUAGUAAUUAAGAUGCUACCACCAUACAUAAAAUAUUCUGCUGGAACAUGAAUUUGAAUCAAACCGUAAUAGACUGUACUGUGAAUUAGACUAUAACCAAGUUGCAAUGAGUGAUUUUCAGGGGCUUUCUCUUUGCACUGCAUAGGGCCCAGAAAGUAAUAUGUUAGAUUCCAGUUUUCUGCUCCUUAUGUAAGUAGUAAUGCGCUUCACAUGACUUUGUUUAGUUUUGGUAAUGCACAGUAGGGCCAAAUCCUGUAAGAUACUGUGCACACAACACUCAUUAGCAGUGUUGUAUGUUAAGUCUUUGAAAAACAGUGAGGCUGGCAGUGAUUUUCUUUCUUAUACAGUUUGCAUAAUUAUGUGGCUUACUGCACUGGAAUUUACAGGAUUGGGUAAAUGUUCCAACCUGUCAACUGAUAUGUACUUAAACUGACAUGACUUUCAUUUGCAUAUUCCAUAGAUUAUAAGAAAUGUCAGUGCUUCUCUAAAAAGUUGAUUUGUAUCUUUCUUGUAAAUGCACAUUUGUGGUAAAAGAUUUACAAAAGAAAAAUCCUACUUAAAAAUAACCGAAAAAUGAGGAUAGUGAAGUGUAGCAUAUCUGUAAUGGUUUGCUAAGCCUACCUUUUUAUCUGCUUUAUAGUGCAUAAGUUUUGUACAUGUGAAUACCAUCUCAGUGUUAAUAACAUUGUCUUUAAAUCACUGUUUAUUCCAUUUUAUACAGCCUUUCCAUACAAAUAUUUGCAACAGUUUGAGUUUCCAAAAACAUACAUAGACGAUAAAUAUCAUGCUAUUAAAGUAUUAAAUUUGUACAAAAAUACUUUACAGUUUAAUACUCAUUACAAAUAAAAAUACAUAUUUAAGUGA